AUGAUUCAGUUCUACGGGGACGUGGAAGCAUUUUUCCGCCGUUUACGCCUGAAGGAGUAUUUUCAACACACACAACAACAAGACAAAUCAGAACAAACAACAACUUCACAACACAACACCUCUCAACCCACUGGAGAACAACAACCACCCUCCCAACAGAACACUGACCACCAACUACCUCCGAAAAAGUGUUACACAAAAAGGGACUCCACAUGGACCCCUCCUGAUGGACGCAAUACCACACUGGACUUGUACAUUGACUGCUUCCGCCACAGAAUCCAAACAGAUGUGACCAGAAAACACCAUCGCUACAACAAAAUCUAA